AUGCUGCAACAAGCUGAAACAGCCAUGACUUCUGAGUGCUGCUGCAUCUACAGGUUGCUGAAUGAUAUACGCAGGCUGAAUGAAGAUAGCUUUAUCCCAAAGAUGAUUUCUAUUGGCCCCUUUCACCAUGGUGCCAUAAGUUUGGAUAGGUUAAUCAACUUCGUAGAAGAGAUUGAGCAUAGCGUUCGUCUUCAUUACUCAGAGCCUUUUCAGCUUAGCAAUCAGGAACUUGUGAAGGUGAUUCUAUUGGAUUCUUGUUUCUUAUUUGAGCUAUUUUUGAGGUCAUAUUAUAGUGAAUGGGAUGGUGUUAUAAUGUUAAAACCCUGGCAAGCCACAACCGUAAGAAUAGAUUUGCUCUUGCUUGAGAAUCAGCUGCCUUUUGCUGAUCUUGAAAGGCUAUGUAGCCGAAUUUUUCUCCCUAGCAUGACUAACAUCCAUAGAAAUCCUUCAUUUCUUCGUCUCGCUUUUGACUAUUUUGCUUAUUACGACAACAUGCAAUUAGACCCUCAAGGUGUUACUAUUAGCCACUUCACAGAUCUUAUUAGAACAUUUCACUUGCCACCAUUGUGUACUCAACCAAAGAGAUUGCGCAACUCAGUAACAUAUAUUCAGAGUGCAGCUGAGUUAGCUGAAGCAGGGGUGACAUUUAGGAAAAGUACAAGCCCAUGCUUACUAGACUUCAAUUUCUCAGGACGAACUCUUGAAACACCAGAAUUGAAAGUUGAUGAUUGGACUGAAACUUUGCUCAGGAAUCUGGUGGCAUUCGAGCAGUGUCACUAUCCUUCUUAUUCUUACAUCACUGACUAUGUUGCCAUUAUGGACUUCCUUAUCAACACAAGCAGUGAUGUGGAUCUCUUAAUUCGGGAGGGAGUCAUCAUUAACUGGUUAGGAGAAUCUAAUUCUUUGGCCAACUUAUUCAAUAGUCUUCGGAAGAAUGUCACACAUGUAGAUUUCAACUCCCAUUACUCAAUUGUUUGCAAGGACCUGAAUGCCUUUAGUAAAAAUCCUUGGAAUAACAUUAAGGCCACUUUGAGACAUGAUUACUGCAACACUCGUUGGCAAACUGUUGCUUCUAUUGCUGGAACUCUGCUCCUUCUUCUCUCUUUAAUACAAGCAGUCAGUUCUAUCUUAAAAGUGGUGCAGCAAUUUAAGCAAAGCUCAUCUCAUUGA